UAUUCGCUUCAUCACGCAUCAGUUGGGCGACAUAGCAUGCGAUUUUGUAAUCAUGGCGGGGAGCAAUUUAACCAACGUGUCUUGUGCUGAUUUUGCCCGAUUCCAGGAAGCUCUUAAAGAAAUGCGAAUGAUAGAUGAUAAGGUAAUCUACAACCUCAACAAAGUAGUUCCAACAACGUCUUUCAAAGGCCAAGUAGAUGCGAGCCAGAAAUGUGAGGGAUUUUACAACGAGUUGUCAUCAGCAUAUUCCGGUAGAGAGAAUGUGAUUAAGAGGUGUAUAUCAGAAGUCUCUACAUCAAUCAACCAACUAAAGAAAGAAAAAGACCAAAAUCCGGACGACUUCAAAAUCAUGAAAGAUCUCAGGAAACGGCAAGGAGAGUUGAGACUUAUGCAAUCAGAACUGAACAUAGAAGAGGUUGUCAAAGACAGAACAUUAAAGGUAUUCCACGAGAAAUGUAGGAGCCAUUACACGCCACCAAAGAAGGACUCAUUAUGACGAUAGUGAGCUAGAGACAAAGGAGCCCACAGGGGGCUUGAUGAAGCUGCAUUUUACCCAAAUAUAUUUGGUUCGACAAAAUCAUUGUCUGAAUUCAGAUGUCCACUGGGCCAGAGCUACUGUAAAUUUGUCAUGUAGUCAUAGGCAUACAGGUGCAAUUUUACUAAAGGGUGGGGGGGGGGUGACAUUUCUUGCCCAAUUGCCAGCUUUCAAGGUUAUAAAAUUUACAAAUGAGUGAACGAGCAAGCCACAUUUUGACAACCUGUUACUGUGAAAAUGCAAUUUUUGUUUUGUUUAAAAUAUAUGGUGAAAGAACAACCUCACUGCCAGAGUAUGAGGUGAUGGAUGCCCGAAGAUUAACAAUUUCAAAAUUCCCCCUUUCUACCUCGUAUGCCUAUGCAUGUAAUUGAAUUUCAAUUCUGCGUUUUAUAGUCUUGAUUUAUCUCAAUCCAAUUGAGAUUGAGAUUGACUUACAACGAUUAUGUCAUCUAUUUGAAAUGUAAUUUUUGUAUACUGUAUGUGAGUUUUGGUCUAUACUGAUUUAUGUUACAUAUACAUGUAAUAACAAAUCUUUUUAAGCCAUCUGCCCACCUUUAAUUUUUUAGAAGGAAUAAGUAGUUGGUAAAUUGUUUUCUCUUUAGUAUAACACCAACCGAUUUCCGAAUCGAUCAAUUCUUUUGAAAUUUGGAAGAAUGGGUUGGGAUGGGGCACCAAAAUUUUGUAUACUAAGUUCAAUUAUGUAAAUUAAAAAUCAAAAGUUAGGUUUUCAUGAACAACAGACCUACAUAGGCAUGUAAUCAAAGAUAUCACUCAUGGUGUUUUCUCGAACUUCCUUGUUGUCUUAUUCACUGUAUUUCUGUGAUUGAAGAUGUGUGUGUCCUCAAUUUGCCAUUUUCGUGGCUUGCAGGUGGUUGAUACUGUGGACUGAACUUACCAGUCUUCUGCUGAUAGACAUACAGCAGUAUCAUUCAUUGAGAUCAUAAUAGUGAGCAUUUGGGAUAUUUUUUAUAUACAUGUAUUUUUAUUUGUAUAACAAUGGUUAAAAAGAUUAUUUUCAAUUGUUGGUUCUGUGAACGAUCUAUGCCCGUGCUUCCAAAAACCAUCAUUAUGAAGAGAAACUAUUAUAUUCCAUGAAUAAUGUAGAUAAUCCUGUUGGAAAGAAUCACAUACGAUUCCCCAGCAAAGAUUUUGGGGGGGAUCGCUAUUGAUAAAGAUCCACUCUUGACUAGAAAUAAUCUUAACAUCUAAAUUCAUUAACAUUGAUAUUAUAUUGUCACACAGGUAUAAGUUGAAAAGUUGAUCAAACUAUUUCAUGAAUCAACUUUCAAGCUACUGUUCAAAUACAUUGCCACUAUCCUGCAAGGGUGGAUUGAUAAAAGAAUUAGGCAAUCCGAAGAGAUGGAAAUAGACAUAUUUUUAAGAUUAAAGACUAACUGCACUACUUAUAGCUACUUGCGCCCUCUAUAUAGCAAACAAUGCCUAAUCGGUGACCAUUGGUCCCCCAUGAUCCUUUUUUUCUUAUGUUAAGUGAGAGCUGAUUUGAUGAGAUAACCACCUGUCAGUGACAUUGCAGGAGGUCUAAUCCCUCCUGUAAACUAGUACAGAUGGGCUUUAAGCCAUUGGAUUAAGUUUGACAUGCAUGUCUAAUGGGUGAAACAUCCCAAGUUAUUUACAUACUAUUCAAGAAGAUGUACUUUUAUACAUGCUUUUUCUGAUGACACGUAUUGGACACAAUUAUUGAUUUGUCCAUCGUUAAAAAUCAACCCAUUGUGGUUGUCAUAUAUGAUAUAUUAAAGAUUUUUUUCAUGAAAUGGA